AUGGAUAAAACCUUCAAAUCCGUAGUAAUAGGUGUGAGUAGUAGAUAUAAGAAGGAGAUGGGUACCGAUAUGUACCUCGGAUCCCUCGGAGAAGUGUUGGAUCAGGCGAAGACGGAUGGAGUUCAUGCUGACAUUGCAGUACUUGAUGUCGACAAAGCCUACAACACUUUAUGGAGGAAAGGAGUACUACAGCAAUUACAUAACCGGGGGAUCCGUGGGAACCUUGGUCUUUUUAUUCAACAGUACCUGGCAAAUCGGAGAUUCCGUGUCGGAAUCGGCGGCAGCUGCUCAGAGUUAUUUACGGAAGAAAACGGGGUUCCACUAGGAUCGGUGUUAGCAGUGACACUGUUCCUGGUGAGCAUGCAAUCCCUCUUUGCAACCCUACCGAAGGGCAUUUUUAUUUUUGUAUACGCAGACGAUAUUGUGCUAGUUGUGACGGGAAAGUCCAUCGCCAGAAACAAAAUAAAACUGCAGGCAGCCAUAAACGCCGUGAGAAAAUGGGCAAUUUCAGUUGGUUUCCGGCUAUCCGCCAGUAAAUGCGUGAUCGCCCACUGCUGUACAUCCAAUCACCGAACCACCGACAGGCCAGUGCGGCUGGAAGACUCCAUCAUACCAUUCCGAAAAGAAGUUCGGAUCCUCGGUAUAAUGCUGGACCGAAAGCUGACUUUCACCCAACAUUUCCGACAGCUCAAAAGAGAUUGCGAAAGUCGAAAAAGACUCCUACGGACGAUCUGCUCUAGACACCCGAAAUGCAACCGAAGGACCGCUCUCAAUAUAAGCCAAGCCUUAGUUCUUAGUCGUUUGUACUAUGGAUUGGAAAUAACCUGUCGGAACUUGGAAGGAUUAGUGAGUAUCCUUGGCCCACUAUACAACAGCACGGCACGACUCGCAUCUGGUCUUCUACCUAGUACACCCGCGGAGAGUGCCUGCUCGGAAGCUGGCAUCCUUUCCUGUCGCUGGGCAGUAGCAGUGGUCACGUUGAGGCGGGCUAUUGGUUUUCUCAAAAGGACAUCCGGCGAUGACUGCACGAUUCUGGACAUAGUUAACAAAGUUCACGAAAAAUACUCCCGAUCACCCCUACCGCAGUUGGCCCGUUUGCACAGACUCGGAUCACGUAAACGAAAUACCACAGCACCAAAUGUCGACACAAGCCUUGCACAAUCAGUUGGAGCAGGGGCGAACCGUAAUUUCGCUCUAGCCAGCUAUCAUCAGUUGGUCGAGGAGAAGUUUAAUAACCACGAGAAGCUGUUUACGGACGGGUCCAAAUCGGACCAAGGAGUUGGGGUGGGAUGUUCCGUCUUUCCCGCUGAAGCCGCAGCUAUUGCCCUAGCCUUGACGAGAAAGACCGAAGACCUACCCGUUGUUAUUUUUACAGAUUCCCAGUCCGUAAUCUCUGCCAUAACUUCAGGAGAGUCAUCGCAUCCAUAUGUCCAGGCUAUCGAAGGUUUGCGUGACCCUCUUACAACCAUCUGCUGGGUUCCAGGACACAGCGGAAUCCCCAGGAAUGAAAAUGCGGACCGCUUAGCCUCUACAGGGUACCGAGUGCGGAGACUGAUCAGUAAGGAAAUCCCUUCCGCUGACAUUCUUGAUGAUUUCCGAAAACAAGUGGAGAACGACUUCGUAUCGCACUGGAGAAGUAGUCAAGGCCACUUCCAGAAGAUCAAGGGCAAUCUAGAGACAUGGACGGACCGGGACAGUCGACUCGAACAAAAGAUCCUGUCCCGCAUCCGAGUCGGUCACACAAGACUUACCCAUGCCCACAAUGUAACCCGUACCAACCCCCCGCAUUGCGAAACCUGUAGGACUCGGUUAACGGUGGAGUAUAUACUCAUCAACUACAGGAAGUUGCACGAUCUACGCAAACAACACCAACUGCCACUUUCCACUCGAGAAAUGCUCUCCAACGAUCCGAUUCGGGAGGUGAGCUUAUUGGCUUUCCUAAAAGACGCAGGAAUCUUUGGGUCCAUGUAG